AUGAUUCUGUGUGGCAUGUUGUGUGUGCCUCGAAACUUAAAAAAUAUAAAAUACAGAAAAAAAAAUAAUUUUGUUUUUUUUAGAAAGGAUUUUUUUUCGAGUGAAAAUAAACAUUUUAAAAUUGGAAUAAUCGGUGGAGGUCCAUCUGCUUUAUAUUGUUGUAAAUUUUUUUUAAAAAAUGAAAAAAUAAAGGUUGACAUUUUUGAUAAAUUACCUAACCCAUAUGGGCUUAUAAGAUAUGGAGUAGCACCUGAUCAUAUAAGUGUAAAGAAUAUAUAUAAAACAUUUAAUCCAGUUAUUAUAAAUAAUAGAUAUCGAUUUUUUGGAAAUGUAAAUAUUGGUAUUGAUAUAAAAAUAGAAGAAUUACGAAAUUAUUAUAAUGCAAUAAUUUUUUGUUGUGGAGCUUCUGAACCCUUUUUUCCACAAAUACCAUAUGUCAAAAAAAUAGAUUCUAAAGAAAAUGAGAAUUUUCCUGAUAUAUUUCAUGCAAGGGAUUUAAUAUAUUUUUACAAUAAUUAUUAUGAUGAUAUACGAUGUAAAAAAAUAGAUAAUUAUUUAAAUUCUUUUGAAAAUUUUUCAAAUUCAGUUAUUAUUGGGAAUGGGAAUGUAUCAUUAGAUAUUGCCAGAAUCCUUAUAAAACCUAUAGAUGAAUUAAAUAAAACAGAUAUUAAUCAUAAUUAUUUAAAUUCUAUAAAACGACAUCGAAUUAAUCAUGUUUAUAUAAUAGGAAGACGAGGAUACAAACAAACAUCAUUUACAAAUGCAGAAUUAAGAGAAUUAUUCUCAUUAGGUAAUGUAAAAGUCAUCUUAAAUAAAAAUAAUUAUGACAUGUGCUCUUAUUUUAAUGGUCAUAAUAAUAAUGGAAAUUUAGACGAAGAUCAUGAAAAUUCUAAUAUGCGAAAUAGACAAAAUAAACUUUUUUUAAAUAUGGUUCAAAAUUAUCAAGAGCUUGAAAAAAAUAAAGAUUUAUAUAAUAAAUAUAAAAUUAUAGAAUUUAUUUUUUGUCAUCAAAUUAAAAAUAUAUAUCCAAUUAACGAUCAUAUAAAAAAUGUUGAAUUUGAAAUAAAUAAAAAUUUUAAAAAUAAUAAUACCAACUCGGGCUACAAAAAAUCUAUAUCAACACCAUUACUUAUAUAUGCUACAGGUUUUAAAAAAAACACAUUUUCGGAAAAUUUAUAUAACCAAUCUAUUCAAAAAUAUAAAGAGGAUAUUUUAAAAAAUAAUUUUGGAAUAUUCCGAGCUGGUUGGUUUUCUACCGGACCUAAAGGAAAUAUAGCUAGCCAAAUUAUUACAUCUAAAAAUAUCGCUUUGACUAUUUCUAACUUUUUAGAAAAGGCAACCACAUUCUUCGAUAAUGAUAUAACUCAUUUACUAAAUAAAAAAAAAAUACAAUUUAUUCCUUUUGAUCAUUGGAAUUAUAUUCAAAAUUUAGAACAAAAAGGAAUUACACCAAAACAAUAUCCGGGAAAAUUUUCAACCAUAAAUGAAAUAUUGGGAAUAUUAAAUGAAAGAAAAUGA